AUCCUGUCGCUGCUGCUGACACGUGGAACAUUAAUUAUGGAAUGCUGCGCGUGCACUUGAGGUGAAACGCAAAGUGUUAGAAACCUGCGGGUCAGACGGGCUACUUUACCGGGAAAGGACUGCAGGAAUUACCAACCCCACGCGCGUGAAUAACCGGCCGUAAAGACUGAGCUGCGGAGCACGCGUGGGCAGUCUAACAACUUAGCCGCUGUCCAUGGUGCUGAAUCGCCCCGCGGUGUCCCAUCAGUCUGCGAGGGGACCGACGAGCCUGUGAGCGUCAUUUUAUCGACGACCUGUUCAUACCUGCGAACGCUCCACGCACCCGGGGGAUGAUGGACGUCCACAGUUUCAGACACCACAUUUAACUCGGACACGAGGACGAAGGACUUGUGGAUUUAAACAAAAACAAAAAAAAACUAAAUGAAGAAUCCGCCGAGGCUCGACAAAAUGUUUGUGAAGACAUCAUUUGUCACGUACUUUCACUGGUUAUCUAUUUACUGACCAGCUGCGAGCCCGAUUCAGCCAGGAACCGUUCAUUCAUUCAUCAACAUGCUAUAAAGAUGAACUGCUGCGAUUUAGUUCAAGCCGUUCAAGCGCCGGAGAUCUGCGUUAUAAUCUAAAGAAGAGCAACGAUACCGACCGAGACAUGGCUCGCCUGCUUGUUUUGGUCAACUCCGUGGUCCUGUUGCUUUUUGGCAGCGACAUGUUCUUGGUAGCAGCAAAUCGGCCGCCGGCUCCCGUCAAUGUCUCCGUCAUGCACCUGCGGGCCGACUCGGCGACCGUUUCCUGGGAGGUUCCAGAGGGAGAUAUAAUAAUUGGUUUCUCAAUCUCGCAACAGAGGCAGGAAGGACACACGCAGAGAUUCAUCCGGGAAGUCAACACUACCAGCCGCUCUUGUGUCCUUUGGGACCUGGAGGAGGAGACGGACUACAUCAUACAGGUCCAGUCAAUUGGCCUCUAUGGGGAAAGCCAAGCCAGCAAGAAGGUCCAUUUUCGCACCCUCAAGAAGACAGACCUCUUCACCUCCAACAGCUCCAAUCAAGAUGACCCCACUGUGCAGGGUCUGGACAAGUCCCGUCAUCUACAAACAGGGGAGAUGAUCAUCAUCGUGGUGGUCUUGGUCAUGUGGGCAGCCGUCAUCGCCCUGUUCUGCCGGCAGUAUGACAUCAUCAAGGACAACGACUCCAGCAACAGCAAGGAGAAGGCCAAGCCGUCGUCAGAGAGGAGCACGCCGGAGCACCACAGCGGAGGGCUGCUGAGGAGCAAGUUUCAUCCUUCUGUGCCGUCUAUCAACAUCAUCGAAGUUUGAGAAGAAGGAAGCCAAAUUCCUUUCUCAAGGAAAGGAAUUAAUAUAUUACCUCAUCACAAAUGGAUAUUAAAGGACUCCUGUGGGCAGAUUGUUAAUAAGGAGAGAAAGCAAAUACAUGUGUUCAUUUUUAAGAUCCGCCACAACACCAUGUCUUAAUUUUUUCUAAUAAUAUUAAAGCACCAUUUUCUGGAUAACAUUGUAUUUUUUCAUAUUUCAUAAAAAAAAAAAAAAAAAACAUGUCUGUACAUAAAUCAUUCAUUUACUGGUUGCAUGCAGGUCCUUUGCCUGUAGAAUAGCAUUUGAUGUGCAUUCUAAGUUAGAUGCCAACAAUGGAGAAAUAAACACGAUUGCAGUCCUGUGAA